UGCGCGCAACGCACAGAUAGACAUUUCCUCCAAAUCAAAGCAAACAGACAACUCGGCAAGCCGGCGUACUUUUGAAUAUUGAUACUAUAUUAAUCCACAGUUUGUAUUUUUAUAGUGCAAAUCUUAACUAUGCUUUCGGGUGGAUUAUAUGUGACACACGUCGUGGUGGCAGUGGUGUGCUCCGUGCUGGUAACGGGUACGCUGGGGUCCCCGGUGGUGUCAGAGCCGAUCCGAUGUGCUCCGUGUUCUCCAGAGAGGCUGAGCCAGUGUCCGCCGGUGGAUCCCGGGUGCGCGGAGGUGUUGCGGGAGCCGGGCUGUGGAUGCUGCCUCGCCUGCGCCCUGAAGGCUGAAGAAUUGUGCGGCAUCUACACGGCACCGUGCGGCUCUGGACUAACAUGCACCCCGAGACCCGGAGACCCCCGACCGCUGCACUCUCUCACCCGGGGACAAGCCGUAUGCACGGAGAGCUCCGAGCCGAAGCCCACCCAGGAGCUCCAGACACAAGAUCAGGGAGAACAAGAGGCAGAUCUGGAGAACACAGCUAUCGUUUCGGACCCCAGCUUCAGCUUCUUCCUCCCCGGGCAGAGUAAACCUUUCGACCCGCGUGCUGCUGCCGACGCCCAGGAGAGCAUGAAAGCCAAACUAGUCGCCAUCCGCAAGAAACUAGUUGAGCAGGGGCCUUGUCAUAUUGAGCUACAAAGGGCCUUGGAGAAGAUUGCCAAAUCCCAACAGAAACUUGGAGACAAACUGACCAGAUUCUACCUCCCCAACUGUGACAAACAUGGGCUUUACAAACCUAAGCAGUGUGAAUCGUCCCUAGACGGCCAAAGGGGUCGAUGCUGGUGCGUAAACUCUUGGAACGGCAAGAAGAUUUUAGGUUCCACUGAUCUGGCUGCCGAUGCGGAGUGUUCUUAGAAGACAGAGAGCCACCCCUCACAAAGAGCUACUGAUUUUCCAUUUUGAUAGCUGUUUAUUUAUUGACCUUGUCCUUGGUGGUGUUUUAAUCAGGUACACUGUCAUUAUGGGACUGUGCCCGUAAACCGCACUCAGCCCAUUCCCGCUCAAACACCUGCCCCAAAGAAAAGAGGAAAAUACAUCUAUUUUUGUUUUUCUGAAUGGAGAUUGUAUUAUUGUUGCAUUUACUUAUCAGUCUAUUUAUUUCAGUUGGGUUGAAUUGUAUUUGUUAUUCGUAAUUAUUCAUAUUUAUGACAUGUUUGCCUUGUUAUUAUUUUGUUUAUUGGUGUAUAAAGUGUAUAUAUGUAUCUUGGCCCUGAACUCCAUUGCUGAGUUGAGCUCGCUGUACCAUUUUUUUUAGUGGUCUGGAGGUUUGGUUUGUGACAAACCAAGCAAGAACAAAAGCACUGAGUGUCCAUUUUUGUAAAUUCUUUUUUUUUUUUUUUUACAUCGUUACCAUUUGAAUGUCUUUUACUUUCUGAUGUGAGGCAUCAUCGGUUCUUUUCCAUGACUGCAGAACCCUCGUAUACAUUCUCAGAAAACAUUACCCAUGGUUCCAUGGGAUGCAGAUGCUUUGACAGGCUGGUGCCCAGGCAUGCACCACCUCUCAGACGGGUAUUUCUACAUUUACCUACCUCCGAUAUUUAUGUGUCUGUUAACAGUAUGUGCCAUUUUACUCUUCAUGUUGCUUUUCUCUCUGAUUAAGAACACAUGACCAUAAAAGAGUCCCGCAGUUGAACUGUGAUGUUCAGAAGCGGUGUAUCUUUUCUGAUCGACAUGCUGCUGUUGGAGAGUAUUGUUUAUGUCUAUUCCAAAGUGACUAACUGCUCACUCACUUUUCUAAUGGAGAUGUAAUGUAAGAAAAAAUCGAUAUAUUUAAUAAAAACAUGACUAAGCAA